CGAUGUGAAGCCAACGAAAUGCCCACGCCGAGUGGCCGGAGCCACGAGGGGACCCCCGAGUGCCCGACAGCGCCCAUGGCUUGGGCGGAAAGCCCUGAGUGCCCACAGCAGCCUGGCCCUGCGCGCCCAGCCUCCCGACAAGACGCCCGUGCUGGGUCCUGCUUCCCAGCCCCUCACUGGGGGCUCCGACCUCCUGCCUCAGCACCGGCAGCGGGGACCCCGUUCCGCAGCGCCUUUUUGCCUCUGCAUGGCUGGGCGCCCCCUUUCCUAUCCCCCUUCGGGCCCUCGGCCGCUAGAACAGAGCUUGACAGCCAGGCGGGGAAGAGGGAGGACGCCCCCAGCGGGGCAGUGGCACCGUCUGCGCGGCUGCUAGACUCUUGGUGCGCGCCUGGGGCAGCCGGGGACGCGCGGCUGGCGAGGAUGGUCACGUGGCACUCGCGGCCCCGCCUCUCGCGCCCAGGCUGCCGCGGGGAGGGCGCCAUCUUGGCCCCGCGGAGCGUGACUGUCUCGGCUGGAAGCGUGGGUGGCCGGAGGAUCCGUGACUGGCUGUCGUGGACACGCUCGCUACACCUCCCGGGGCUUCGCUCCAUUUACUAUUAACUGUCGUUACUCCUCUGUAUCUCGUCAGCAGGGGCUGCCUGCGGUCUUAGAAUUACACGUCCCUGCCACCUGGGCAGGAAGCCCAGUCUCCCGGCCCCUCAGUCAGGCCUUGGGUGUAGCUGGAGCAUUUAAGAAAAAUGAAAUAUAGAAACUCAGUGCAUGGUUUUCUGGGCCUUUUUAUUGAAUAUCAUUUGUAAAAUGUACACAAUAUAACCCAGGCCUAGUGGAUUCCAGGACAGAAAAGGUUGGGAGUUGGGAUAGUCAAGUAAACAAGAAGAAAUAGUAAAGUAAGAGAUGCCAAGUGGGAGAGGAUCUGGGGUAAAGAUGCAUGGUCGACUUUAUGGAAACUCAUUUCUUUUUAAUAAGUGAGGUACAUGGUAGAAGACUUUGACAUGUUGAUUAUGGGACUGGAACAAAGGACAGUAACUCAAGAAUUGAUUAAAAUUACAGUUAUUCCUUGGUUGCCCCAAGGAUGGUCCUGGUUAGCCAAGUGAAGCAGUGAUAGUGGAGAAGGAACAAAGAAAUCUGUAAAGUAGUUGUGAUCAAUUAGUUGUAAACACCACUGCACUCAGACUCAGACGAGCUUGCACUGACUUUUAUGACCUAAUCUCAGAGGUUGUACAGUGUCACUGCCACUGUCCUCUACUUGUUGAAGCAGCUACAAACACACCAUAUUUAAGUAAAGGGGACACUAAUUGGGAGGAGUGUUAGUCACAUUAUAAGAAGAGCAUGUGGAAUGAGAGACAGUAGAGAUAUUGCAGUCAUUUAAGGAAAAUAUAACCUCCCAUAAUGUUAAGAUAUAUUUUCCUUUUGUAAAAAAAAGGAAAAAAAAAUGUACCAUUUCAGGCCGGGCGUGUUGGCUCACACCUGUAAUCUUAGCAUUUUGGGAGGCUGAGGCCGGUGGAUCACCUGAGGUCAGGAAUUGGAGACCAGCCUGGCCAACAUGGCGAAACCUCGUCUCUGCUAAAAAUACAAAAAUUAGCCGGGUGUGGUGGCAGGCGCCUAUAAUCCCAGCUACUUGGAAGGCUGAGGCAGGAGAAUCACUUGAACCCAGGGGCAGAGGUUGCAGUGAGCCAAUAUUGCCAUUGCACUCCAGCCUGGGCAACAGAGUGAAACUCCAUCUCAAAAAAACAAAACAAAAACUAAAAUGUACGCUUUCAAAUUUUUUUCUGAAAUUAAACCUGAAAAGGUCAAAAAACACAUAAAUUACAGUCCAUUUCAAUUACUUACCAUGUACAGGUAUUGUCUAAGUCUAUAGUAGUUCGGACUAUAGUAGUUCAAAAUACCUUACACAAGGCAGCUUAUGAAAAACAGAAGUUUAUUUCUCAUAGUUCUGAAGGCUGGGAAGUCCGGGUUGAAGUUACUGGCAGAUUCAGUGCCUGUUGAGGGACUGCUUUUGGUUCACAAAUAGUGCCUUCUAUCUGUCUCCUCAUGUGGUAGAAGGGUGCCUUUUUUAUUAGUACCUCUAUUUAUUUUAUUUUAUUUUCUAGAGACAGGGGUUUUACUGUGUUGCCCAGGCUAGCCUCAAACUCCGGGCUUGAGCAAUCCUCCCACCUCAGCCUCCCAAGUAGUUGGGACUACAGGCACACAUUAAAACACCUGGUUCCUAUUAGUGCUUCUUUUUUUUAUAAAGGCACUAAUCUCUUCUAUGGCACCAGAGCCGUCAUGACCUAAUUACCUCCUGAAGAUCCCAUCCCCUAAUACCAUCACAUUGGUGAUGAGGUUUCAAUAUAUGAAUUUGGGGGGCUGGGGACACAAACAUUCACACCAUAGUAGGUGUCACAUUGAUAUGAGCUGGUAAGUGUUAACACCUGGCAGCAAUCAGCUAUACAGCCAUAGGUGAAGGCAGGUGAUUAGAAUUACCGGCCAACACAUUUAUGUGCUAGCUAAUUUUUAUUCAAAACUUUCUGAAGCUACAACCAAAGCAGUUAAUGGGAAAUGGAGUAGAGUAAAAACUAGGCAAUCUCUCACUCUAGAUAAUGCUGUUAAAAGUAAUUUUUCCUCCCAGUCCUCUGCUGUAAUGAAUAGUAUAAGAAGGUAUCCUCCCAACCUACUGGCACCUUGUGUUUCCAAAGUUUUAGUUGUCAUGAUAGUUAAUUUUAUGUCCCAACUUGACUGGGUUAAGGGAUGCCCAAAUAGGUAGGAAAACAUUAUUUCCGGGUGUAUCUGUGAGGGUGUUUCUAAGAUAAGAUUAACAUUUGAAUGGGUAGACUGAGUAAAGCAGACUAUCCUGUCCCAUGUGGGUGGGCGUUAUCUGAAUGGUUGAAGGCCAAAUUAGAACAAAAAAGCUGAGUAGAGAGGAUUCCCUCUGCCUGACUGCCUUCGAACUGGGACAGUGGCUGUUUCCUGCCUUUGGACUUGAACUGAAACAUCAGCUCUUCCUGAGUCUUGAGCCUCCUGGCUUUUGAACUGAAAUAACAGUAAUGGCUCUCCUGGUUGUCAGGCCUUUCGACUUGGACUAGAACUACACCGUCAGUUCUCCUGGGUCUCCAGCUUGCCAACUGCAAAUCUUGGGACUUGUCAGCCUCCAGCCUCCGUAACUGCAUUAACCAAUUUUUUAUAAUAAAUCUCUUUCUAUAUGUCUA